AUAUGGCAAAGAAAUGAUUUAGAACUUGCAAUCUUGAGAAGGAGUCCCAAAAUAAGCGAUCAAAUGGCUCUUCACAACCUAGCCAGUCAAAUAACUCUUCACAGCCUAGCCAACCAAAUAACCCUUCACAACUUAACGCACCAAGUGGAACUUCACAACCUAGUCACUCAAUUGGCUCUCCACAGAUGGACUGGCCAAAUAGAACUUCACAACCUAGUCGUUCAAAUGCCUCUUUACAGCUUAAUCGGCCAAAUGAAACUUCACAGCCUAGUCGAUCAAAUGGCUCUUCACAACCUAGUUGGUCACAUCCCUCCUCACAUGCUCCAUCACAUGUUCCACAUCCUCAACCUCAAGAAUCAGAGGUUAACGCUCAGUUUGAAGAUGAUUUAGAUGAGGACUGGUUAAAGGAAGAAGAAAUGCAACGUACAGAUGAAUCGACCAAGCGAAACACGCGGGGAAUUACACGUAUGGUUGAAGUGUGGAAUUUGACUCCAGAAGAACGCAUUAUGCUCACCUUCAACAAGGAUUUGCAGGCUGUUUCUACAGAGGGUGGUAUAUUCAGUCGCUUCAUAGGCACCAUUGCUAGGAAGCCACACUUAUGCCCAAUUAAGUACAAGAAUUGGCAUGAAGUGCCAGAUCAGUAUAAAGAAGAUUGUUGGAAUAUUAUCGAGUCCAAGUUUGCCAUUCCUCAAGAUGAGAGAAGGGAUAUGAUUAGGCAUCGAACAUUGAAGUCAAUGGGAGAAAUAUGGAGAAAUUGGAAAUGUAGUUUAAAAGCAAAGUACUAUGAUGAGACAAAGACAGCAGCACAGAUAGUAGCUACUGCACCUUUAACAGUUAACCGUGAGCACUAUGUUGACCUUGUCGCGUAUUGUUUUUCAAAGGAAGGACAGGAACUUAGCGCAACCAAUAAGGAAAGCAGGCGAGAGCAAACAAGUGCACAUACGGGAGGAUCUAAAACUUAUGCACAACAUGCAUAUGAUAUGGAGCAAAAAGAUAAGAUUGCACUAGAUCGAGCAAAAUUAUAUAUACCGCUUCACAAAAGGAAAGAUGGGACACCAGUCAAUGAAGCAGCAGCUACAAAAAUUGAAAAACUAGAAGCUUUGAUGAGCUCACAACCAAGCAGCUCUGAAGGAAAUGUUGGUGGAUGUAUAUCUUGGUCACCAAAUGAUAUUUAUUCUCAAGUGAUGGGUAAAGAGCAUCAUGGUCGUGUUCGAGGUUUAGGAUUUGGGCCUACUCCUUCCAAGCAUGGCUUCAUGUGCAAUAAUUUUGACCACUUAAGAAUGGUUUCUGAUGAAGAGAGAAUGAGAGACAAAGACACUAUAAUUGAGUUGAAGGAACAACUAAAAACUCAAGGUGAUCAGUUACAAACUCAAGGUAUUCAGUUGCAAGCUCAAGAUGCUGUAAUAAACUCUUUAAAAGAGCAAGUAGCAUUUUUGAUGAGUCAGAGACAUAGUUCUAGUGGUUUGCAGGCGACAGAUGGAUGUAGUGGCAUUCCGGACCAAGCUUCUCCACGAACACAUCAAAGAUCCUCUUUUGGGAGUCAUGAAAUGCAACCUUCAAAUCGAGACAAAGUUUUUCCGAGUCCUAUAUGCAAGUUUUGCUUCUUUUUUUCCCUCCCAUAUAAUCUGAGGAGAUAUGGUUAUUUUUCUUCAAGUCAAGAAGGAGCUGCUUCUGUUUAUACUUUAGCAGAUGGAAGUGUUGGAGAUUGGUUUGGAGGCUUCCUAUAUUUAGCUGGACAACAGGCUAACGAAGCUGUUCAGGACCAGCUAUCGUCUCCCAGUUUUACUAGCUUGGCUGUUAUAUUUGGCACAGGACUUGUAACCAGUGGGUGGAAGCUUCUAUUCAAGAGGCUUGUUCGUGAAAUUACUCAAGACUUCAAGAUUUUAACAUCGUCUCCAUUUUAUUCUGGGCAUGAAAUUUACAUAAAUUUCAGUGGAAAGUUGAAUCCUGGCUUGAAAUCUCAUGUUGUAACAUUAUAUGAAGCAGGAAAACUAGGCCAUACUAGCAUUGUAGAUCUUUGCAAGGAUUUGAGUACAUUAGAGGGAACAAAAUUUGAGGGAGAAUUGCAGGAGUUUGCCAAUCAUGCAUUUACUCCGAUGUGGUCUAGAAUGUUUGAUAUCCGGUGGAGUUGCUAUUGA